UUUAAGUCAAAGAUAGAAAAGAGACAACCCCACAAACCACAUCUACACCAAGGGAGAGGGAGGAUUAAUUUAAUAGUUAAUCGACAAAAACAUUGGAGGAAAUUAGUAAAUUAUGCUCAUUGUGUAUUUUGUGGGCGUGUAGGUUCAGCAAAUGACGAUGUCAGUAAACUGCUGUUCUCUUUCCAAUAGCUUGUAUCCACAAACGCCCAUCUUUUUGCUUAAGCCAAAACACAAAAAACUUCAAUUGGGUUAUCUUAAUUUCCCUCUAAAUUACCCUUCUUUUCCUAAAUUCACAUGCCUGCUUAAUAUUAGAUUUGAAGAUAUUAUUACAAUUACUCAAAACAAGGUUUUGAUAGCAGCAGGAGUGUCUGCAGCUGUUGGGCAGCUAGCAAAGCCCUUUACUUCAGUGUGGUUCUAUGGCAAAGAUUUUGAUCUAAAAACUGCCAUUCAAGCUGGUGGUUUUCCUUCUACCCAUUCAUCUGCAGUGAUUGCUGCUGCAACAUGCCUGGCCCUUGAGAGGGGCUUUUCGGAUUCGUUAUUUGGAAUGAGUGUUGUUUACGCAGGUCUUGUCAUGUAUGAUGCACAGGGGGUAAGAAGAGAAGUUGGUAUUCAUGCAAGAACGCUAAACAGACGGCUGCUCGAGGAACAGAUGAAGUCUGCAAUGGAAGACGAAGAUAUCAUAGAUUCACCAGAAAACGCACCGCGGACCAAGCUAAAAAGCUCAAGUUCCCUUAAUGACCCGAAUGAUUUCAAUAAAGAACAAGCUACAACUAAAUUACUUGGAUCGAGGGUGCAGAGAAAUAUACCCGAAAGAACCAAUUCUUAUGUUGCUUUGAAAGAAUCAAUUGGCCAUACUGAGGUUGAAGUUAUAGCAGGAGCAGUAUUUGGUUUGCUUGUAAGCCUGAUAGUUAAUGCUGUUAUGUGAUCUUGGCUGUUAUACCUUUAUAUUCAAUUAUAACAUUCCAAGUUCUUACCUUGAUUCAAUCAAGAUCUUUCCAUUUUUAGGACAACACAUAUAAUUGCCAAAUCAUUUUGGCAUUUGGUUAUUGACAGUUGAUUAUUGGCUGGUUUAGUUGGCUUGUUUGAGCGAUUGAUAUAUUGACUUUUCUAUUGGCAACUAA